GCUUAGCUAGAUUCCGUCGUUUGGUUUUUACUUUAAAAUUCAUAAGUUUUUUUUAGUAAAAUAGGAAAACGAAGCGGGUUAUUCCAAAUCGUUUGGAUGUCCUUGUCGAAAGUGUGCAUAAAAUAUGUGAUCAGUAAAAAAAAACAAUAAACAAAAAAUGAUCAUUUCGAACAGCUACGCGUAAGCAAAAUAAUGCCCGUACAUCACACAGGCACAAAGAGGAGAAAUGCAAAUAUGAUUUAAAAGUUGAAUGAAAAUAAAACGUGCAAAAAAAAACCAAACUUGCUGGCGUCAAAGAAGUUCGGGUAACCUUCACGGCCAUAAACGCGAUUUUGCGCCAUUGAACGAAGGCGCAACGUUGGGGGAGAGGAAAGUAACGAGAGAGAGAAAGGAAAAAAGAGGGGCGAUAAGAAAUAUACGUGCACACCUUCCGAUCGAACGGCUGUGCGUGAUAUUGGCGAUCGCGAUGCAAAUUUUGUAUCGCCUUUCUUUGUCUGCCCGUUGUAAAUCCGGUGCCCGGUCGAGUUCGCGCUUCCAGCUCAUUUCUUUGCUACUUUCGAAAAAAAAAAACAAACGGGAAACCACGGCAUCAGCACGGUGGGAAAGAGGCAUUUGAAGCGAGUGGUCAAUUUUAUACACAGAUGGGAGCAACUUCUAUGCUAUGAAGGUUUUAUGGUUCACCUAUGAUCAAACUAUGAUUCAAGUGUCAUAAAACCCUAAAAUCUGAAAUAGGUCACGGGGUCGUCGACGGGCUACAGCAAGGUUGCGCUCAUGUCUUAUUCAUAUAGAAUUAUGGGAAGAUUAAUUGCGAAAGAAGUAUCAUCGGAAGCAAAACUUAAUCCUAGCGGCCGUCCAAUCGUCUUACUCAACGAUCAUUUAGAUUACCGAUUAUUGAUCGGUAACGAUAAUGGUUGUAAGAUUUUACGUUAAUCGAACCGUUCAACCAAACAAGGGAGAAGAACUUAAACUAGAAGUUUCGAUGACCUCAAGAUUAUGAUCAUACGAUUCCGUGAACGGCACUCUUAUCAGCGUUGCAUGUGAUAAGCGAUAGAAUUUUACAACAUGUUAAUACUUUCCGUCAAGUUGUAUGCAAUUGAUUAGAAACUGCAGACAUUCAACUGCGAAUGCUAUCAGUUAAGAGAAUCUUCACUAAAAAUAGACUUUUACUGUGCUGAAUGAUUGUAGCUCCAAUACACCAUUAGUAAUUUCUACAGAAUAAAAAAAAAUUGAUUCAAAACAAAAUACAUUUGUUGACUCAAAAAAAAGUUUAUACUUCACAAUUCGUCUGCCAUUGCGAGAAGCUGAUAUUUCUGACAAUCACGUCCGAAAUCAUGAAGUGUUCCGUGUCAGGCUCACCUACACGACAGGACCGGAGGUCCAAUCUCAUCUGGGUUAUAGCCUCAUACGUGAGACUGACUUUCCUGCUGCGGAUACAUAUAGGAGAGGAAAGCCAGUAAUGGUAAGCCAAGAUCUCUCCUGAUCUAUUUUGAUCUAUGUUGCCACAUAAGAAGAUUCUUGUUGAUACACUUAAUUCUCUAUCAUCUACAUAAGUGCUUACUAUCUACAGUGUUCAACCAAUUGAAGCCCAUUAAACGCGUAAUUCCUCCCCUUUUAAGCAUCCGGAGGUCCUAAACCUCCAUAUGUGACAAUCUUGGAAACGAUUUAAAUUAAAAAAAAUGAAACCAUCUUCUGUCCACCAUCCAGCAGAAACCCGUCCCAGUGUGUACCGAUCUCCCAGGUGUUCCAGUACACAAUCCUACAGAAGAGCGCGAAAAAAUAUAGCCCCAUCGUCUGCAUGGCCCUGUGGCCGCAGGGAAUGGUAAAUCCACUACCAUCCUGCUGUUGACAUGAACAGUUGAAUUUCCCUUCCUUGAUGCCUGUCUGCAAGGUGACGCUCCUUGUUGCCGUUCCACAUGAUCGAAUGGCGAAACGGAUGUAGAAAGUCACCGUGUAUCGUCAUUGCAACCAAAAAGCUUCGGAUGGUAAAAAAAUCAUACAUACACACACACACGCAUAUCACUGAGGUCCCCUUCCCUCCGGAUGGUGAAGAUCCCCGUUCCGAACCGGGUGCCGUUUGCUGGUGGUUGCGGAUUGCUCUUUGGCAUGGUUCGACCGUGGCUGACAUUGUGUAAACGACCGCAGAAGCGUGCGGAUCGCGAUAUCGACAUCGAUACAGCGUUUUUGUUGUUGUUUCUUUACCCAUUAGGCGCCACCAUUGUAACGCAAUGGAAUAAUCGUGAUCGUAGUGGCAGGCAGAUCCGUUUUGAACACUCCAUUACGCACCAAUUGGAAAGGUGUCGCACCAGUCAAUCGGAAAGUGGAAGGAACCACUUGUCGCGAUCUCGUGGAUCAAUUCUUGUACGCCCGGGCACCAGUGGAACUUGACAGGGUUCCGGUUAUAUGUGUCGAAAGUACAUCAUGCCGGCGUACGUUCCGCGAUCUACGUGUUAGAUAAUGCCAUCUACGCGUCGCCUCCGUGUCUGACGGUGCGCGCCCUCCCGGUGAAGUGGUUGAAAGUGAAACUUAUUUAAAGACACGGGAAAACGUGACGCAACGUUACCGUAAGUGUGGCGCGAAUCGAAUGUAUGAUCGGUGUGUCCAUCUGCUAGCGAAAGAACAAACCUUCCGGGUAGGAGCGGAUAUUCAGUCAGUUGUGUACAUUGUUGCGUGGAAAUACUCACCAAGCGGCGAUGGGUUGCUACGGUGCAAUUCUGCUGGUGGUAGCUGGAGUGGCCAUUAGUGUAGUCAGUGGAAUCUAUGUGGUGGAGAGCGGUGGCAAGAAAUCUUUCGUCCGGCUCGGGGCACAUCACUGGACGGACGGUGCGGAGGAGGAUGGGUUGUGGUCGAGCCUGCUGGAGGAGUACACCGUCGGUUUGAACCACAGCACCACGAGUGCACCGAGGGAAAGUCGGGUAAUGCAAGCAACCGUCGUGGCGGCACCAGCACCAAAGUACAUACCCACCUCCAGUUUCUACAUCAACAAACGCAUCGGUGAGGCGCUCGAACUCGACCCACAACAUCAGCAGCAUCACACGCACCGUGUGCCAGCACCUCCGGUAGGGAAAGUAAUUGCCAGUACCGGCGCCGGCGGUCUGUAUGGUGACAAUCAUCUGAACGGUGCGAAUCAUGGAGCAACAUUUACACCCAUGCGCCAAACGUUCGGUGGUGCUAGUCCGACCGAGCUGCUGGCCUCACCGCGGGAAGUGUCCGAGACGGAUCUGUAUCUGUUGGGUGCGAUUGAGAAGCUAGUUUAUCGGGUGGAUUACAUGGAGAAUCGGUUACGCCGGGCAGAACAGAUAAUUUAUUUCUUGAUGGCAGGAAACAGUCAGAAGCAGGAACCAUGUCCGCAGAAUUUUACGCAAGUGCACGAUCGAUGCUAUCACUUUGAUAUAGAGCGUGGUCUAAACUGGAAGUCUGCCAGCACGAUGUGCAAAUCGUACGGUGCACAUCUGGCAGAGUUUGAAACGGUGGCCGAGUUUCAGGAUGUGGUUGCUUACAUCCUGAACAACCCAGUCAACCGUGGCAAAGACUUUUGGCUCGGUGGACUGAACCCCGGCCUACUGUGGAUUUGGGCAAACUCGGCUAAACCGGUUAAUCCUAACACGAACCUAAGCUCCAUCACAACUUCAUCCAAACCGGCGAAAGGAACGUCCGGCAGUACGUCAACAACGAAAACGACUACCUUAGCCAAUGGUACAGAUGCCUCCGGAAAUACGAAGAUUGUUAACAAUCCAGCAAACAAGCAGCCAACAUUGGAGAUAACGGGCAAUGGACGUUGUCUGCGGUUGAGCUACAACUCCGCGUUGUACACGUACGGAUAUCGAGGUGAGGACUGUUCUGCACAGUUUAGUUACGUGUGCGAACUGAAGGACAAGUCGUUGGAUAAUGAAAUCUCAAGGAUAGCGAAACAGUUGAAAUUAGCGGAUGAUGUUUCUUAGGUGUGCAUUAUGUUACUGUUUAUUUAUUGAACCAGAAGGCCAAUGGGAUGUAUCCCGUGAAAUGAUUAAUUUAAUCAAUAAACUACCGAAGUAAGUUAUAAAGUUAAGUUAAGAAAGGUCUAUCUAUAGAUGAAUAUGUUUUGUCUCUGCCAGUGUAAUAUUGCACGUGGGUUAUAAAUAUUGCAUAAGGUAUAACAUAAGGAGUAAGUAUAACGAGUGAUCGGUCAAACAGUUGAAAUCUUGACUGGAGUCAACAGUCGAAAAACAUUGAAAUCAUAAAUUGAUCGCCAAUUCGGCAAUCCAGCAGCCGAUAGUCGAAAAAGGUUAUAAAUCCAACCAAAAAGACGAAACAAGCCGGACUUGCUGCUGAUCAUACAUGUUUGGGGACAUGAACAAUUACCUGUGACAUACAGCUGGGUAUCUUUAGUCGAAUAUAGUCUUCAACAAGAGGAGUUCCGUUGAAUUUCUGUUGAAUACUUCGGCAAGAUGAUGGGUUUCGAUCAAUUGUCCACCAUAGUCCUUUGGAUAUGACAAUUUAGAAUAUGUGCGGUUGUUUAAUUCUGUUAGAAGCUGAAAAGAAAAAUAAAUUUGAUUGAAAUCCACAGACCACGUAUCUGCGUUCUGAGGACUUUGAAUAUUAGUGGAAAAUGGCAAAAUUGUGAUAUAGUCACACGACCCCUGGUCCAAUAACAACAGAUUCUCCAUCUUGUUCUAUGGAAACCUAGUUUGAAAAGACAGAAUCUACGUGGUAUUCGUAAUAACAAAAUCCCAUAUGUUCCCGUAGAAUACUUACUGAUCAGGUGUCAUUUUAAUGACAUGAUAGCACUCCGAAAUCGAGUCAGUCUAUUUCGUAGCACCAUAUUCAGGACAUCGUACAGCGCAUAGAGAUCGUCGUUGUUCCUUUCGACCACGACUAAGGAGGUGCUCAUCAGCCAUGGUCAAUGUUUUUGUUUUAGUAAAUUUUUAAUUUCUGGGAUUUUGAAUAUGUUGUAUAGUCCUAAUUGUGACCAUCCCGAAAGAUGUAUUCUUCUAUUUUUGUGGCACUACAACCUCAAGAGAUCCUGGCUUUCCUUGACUUUAAUAAUUGCCCGUAGCGUGAUAGUUAGUCCCGUGUACAUGAGUGCGACUAUCGACCUCACUGCUGCUAUACAUCAAUGUAUAGCAGCUGAUCAUAAAAACUUCGACUUUUGAGACUUGGAUGCCACUCUUUAGAUUUGAAGAGCUUUCUGGGACGUUGAUUCCAAUUUUAUGAAACGAACGCUGAGUUUUCGGACGAUUGUAACA